AUGUGCUUUCAUUAUAUUCCCUGGCUCCGAGACACGGAGACAACCAUGCUCAUGAAUGCGGGCCAUGCACAGCCAUCUUCUCGCCUCGCCCAUACCCACCGCAUUCCCCUUGAUCGCGCCAGCCACCUCACCAGCACACAUAUUCCUUACAAGGACUCCGAGACGCCGCUGAUCAAGGACGUGUGGCAGAGCAUGCAGCCCGAGGACUUCGUGCAGUCGGCAGCGGAGGGCGUGGAGCGAGUCCUGAAGGGCGGCUACGCGUUCAUGGAGUGGGAGAUCUUCUACACGCUCAACUACGGCCACGUCUGCGAAAUGUACGCGCUUCCAGAGCCCUAUUUCCCCGAGAGAGCUUCGUUCUGCCUCGCCCAGGACUCGCCUCUGCACCCGGUGUUCAAUGGCGUCGUCCUCGACCUUCUCUCCGGGGGGAUACUGACGAAGUGGUGGCAGGAACUGGAGGUCAUCAGCGCCGACUGCAGUGCCCUUGAGACGGCCCCCAUCGAGCUCAAGACAGUCCUCACGCCCGUACUAUUGUUGGCCCUCGGAAUGCUGGUGGGAGUGGGCUUCCUGGGCAUCGAACGUCUCGCCUCGAGGUCCAUGAAGGGCGUUUAAGCAGAAGGGAGAAUUCCUAUGCUUCUGUCUCCCUAUCUAUCUACUAUGUAUAUGUCUGUGUAACUAUUUUCAAAUCUCCCUCUCUGUCUUUUCAUCUAUGUAUGUAUCAGUCUACCUAUAUAUGUUUGUAUAAUGUAG